AUGCGUUUCGCUCAACACCCAUCUAAUAUUUCACAUCAACUUAAACGCCAUGAAGCAGCCCUCAUGUAUCACCAACAAAAGUCCUUUCCACCACCAGACCUCCGAUUGUCAAUCGGUAAUGUGUUUCAAGAUGGGACCACAAAAUUGCCAGUGAUGCAGCUUCCCGAACAUCAUCUUGCCCGACUCCAAGAAGUUAGAGCACAAAGGCUUGUUAAUUUCUCAUUUCCAACGAAUGAGAACCAGAGGGCUCAAGAGGGCGAACGAAUUACAGUAAAGAAAAUGAUUGGAGAGGGCUGA